AAGAGAAAACCUUGGGAAAAGAACAAACCUCAGAAGAAGAAGGGUGGUGCUAGGAAAAAGAAUCAAAAGCAAACCAUCAAAAAGGUCGGAGGCAUUUCACAAAAUCCUGCUCCUAUUUGUGUUGAAGGCGAAGAUAAAAAAGAAAAUAAGCCCGAUAAGGAGGAAGAUGAUGAGGAAGAUGAUGCGUCAUUGUCUUCGUCUGGUCUGCCUCCCAAGUUUGAUGAGGAAGAGAGCGAUGUUGACGAUGAGUGGACAGAUAGUAGUCCUAAAAAGGUGACGUUUGAUGCGAAAUCACACAAAACACAUUUGGUCCAUAGUCCCUACUUCCCUUCAGAAAAAUAUGAGUGGUGGUGGUUGGUUCUGACUAUGCUUGACAAGAAACAGCGCCGAUUGGUCUGUCCUACAGUUUCGUGUAAAACUUUAGUGGACAAACAAACUGUAAGUUUUUUGAGCGAUCUUUGA